GUGACUUUUGAAAGUGUAUAAAAUAAAAUUCAAAUUUGUUUAGUUAGCCGAGUUAAUAACUAUUAAUAGAAUGUAUGCUUAAACUUCAAUUUUAUAAUGUGUGAAAAACCACAAAAGUUUUGCCGCAUUUGCGGCGACUUAGCAACUGGCUAUCAUUUCGAUGGUUUGAGUUGCAAUUCUUGUAAAUCAUUCUUCCGGAGAAGUGCUUUCUUGAAGACUACAUUCACCUGUCAUUUGGCCGAGCAGAAACAGCAGAGAAUAUGUAUUAUUGAAAAGAACCGGAAACUCAAGAAUCCGGAGAAAUCCAAUUCCACACAAACUAAUGCUAAUUCAGUGGUAGCUUUGCCAUCACCUCCGCUGUCUAUGACUAGCUAUUCAGACAUCUUGGGACAAACAUGUGAUGACCAGAUCAUCAAUAUUAUUGAUGACACAGUAAAUGCUAAUUUAAACGACAAUCAAAUUAAUAGUAACUCAAAUGUCCUAAAUUUAUGUAACAAUUCCUACGGCAGUGAUGAGUCGGACCUAUUGGUCGUACCAAUCAGUAGUCCGAUCACUGAUUACAGCAAUCAGUUCAAUGAAUUAGAGGGCAAUAAAUUGAGUGAAUUAUUGGAUGCUCUAAAAGUAUUGCAAAUAUCGGACGUUUCCACUGAUUAUUCAAUAGUUAAUAAUUGUGUCGACGCCCUGAAUAUAAUUAUCGGCAAAAUUGAUGACAAAAUUGCAAAUGUAGUCAAAAUGUCUAAACGUUUGGACGGAUUUAAUAAUAUGUGCGAAAACGAUCAGAUGGUUGUCAUUAAGCACUCGGCCUUUGAAAUCGAUAUCUUAAGGAUGAUAUUGAGGUUUAAUUUUGAAGACCAGUAUUUUAUUGUCAAUGAGGUUAUUGCUAUCGAAAUAUGA